AUGAAACUUAUCAAGAAAGAUGGAAAGAAAGAAAGAAAUAAGGAAAACAAUGUUGCUGGAAAAACCAAGAACAAUGACAAAAGUUCAAAGGUAGUAGGUGUGACUGGAAUUAAGUGUUUUUUCGGCAAGAAGUUUGGACACAUGAAGAAAGAGUGUCGCAGGUACAAGAGGGGGUUGGAAAAGAGGCAGGCUAAAGGUAAUGAAGUCCAAGGGUUCACAACCAAAAGGGUGCCAAACAUGGAUGAACUGAAGGUGUUCGUUGGCAAUGGAGUCCAUGUAGAAGUGGAAUUCAUUGGAGAAGUCAAGAUUGAGUUAGAGUCUGGUUUUAUUUUGGAUUUAUUUGAAGUAGCUUAUGUACCUUCCAAGAGAAUGAAUUUAGUGUCAGUAGCUAGGCUUGUUAAAGCCAAGUUCGAGGCAGUAUUCAAUGAUGUUGGAUUUUCUAUUCUGAAGAAUAAAAUUUCAGUUGGUAAUGGAACUCUUGUGAAUGACAUGUUUUCUUUAAAUAUCAAAGGAUCUGAGCAUAUUAUGAAUGUUGCAAACACCAGCAAAACACAAAGCAAAAAUGAAUCACCUAACUUAUGGCAUAAGAGACUUUGUCACAUUUCUAGAGAUAGAAUCAUAACCCUCUGCAAAGAACAUGUGUUGCCACCACUUGACUUGGAUGAAUUGGAUGAAAUUUGCAUCAGUUGUGUAAAAGGAAAACUCACAAAUGCAAGAAAGAAAGGGGCAAUUAAAAGUACCAAUUUGUUAGAACUCAUUCAUAUUGAUAUUUGUGGUCCUUUUCCGACACAAACUCAUGUUAGUUUCAAGUAUUUUAUCACUUUUACAAAUGACUUAUCACGUUUUGGAUAUGUGUAUUUGAUAGCAGAAAAAUCAAAUGCUCUAGACAUGUUCAAAGUGUUUAAAGCAGAAGUUGAAAACCAACUUGAUCUCAAAAUCAAAGUAGUUAGAUCGGAUAGAGGGGGAGAGUUUUAUGGUAGAUUUGAUGAAGCUGGAAGAAAUCUUGGAUGCUUUGCAAGAUUUCUUCAACAAGAAGGCAUUGUGGCUCAAUAUACAAACCGUGGAACUCCACAACAAAAUGGAGUCUUUGAGAGAAGAAACAGAACCCUCAAAGAUAUGAUGAGAUCCAUGAUUGCCAGUACAAAUCUUCCUAUUUUUCUUUGGGGAGAAGCCUUGAAAACAACAAAUUAUAUUCCCAAUAGAGUACCAACUAAGAGUGUGAAUCAAAUACAUUUCGAGCUAUGGAACAAAAGAAAAUCGAGUCUGAACCAUAUAAGAGUCUGGGGAUGUAAAGCUGAAGCCAAGUUAUAUAACCCUUUGGAAAAGAAACUAGAUGCUAGAACAACUAGUUGCUUUUUCAUAGUAUACCCAGAGAGGACGAAAGGAUAUCGAUUCUAUUGUCCAAAUAAUACAACUAGAUUUGUUGAAACUGGGAGAGCAGUUUUUAUAGAAGAAAAAGGUGAAACCAUUGAAGAUAGGACACUGGAUUUUGAUGAACAGACAGAGAGCAAUACCAUGCAUUCUAAUGAAAUUGAAGAAGAGGACUACAUAGUUCUAUCAAAUACUGUUUUGCAAAAUGAAGAAACAGUGCCUCAAAUGCACCAAGUUGAUGUCAAUGCACCAGUUGAGAUGAAUAUUAACCAACUAGAAAUCCAUAUAGAUGCACAACCACAAAACUAA